AUGCCAUUCCCUUUUCCAGCCUUUUUGGCCGUCUCAAGUGACUCCGUUGUCGUCCUCACCUGGCUCACCAAUGUCAUCACCGCCGCUGAGAUCAUCGACCACAUCGUGAUCUCAAUUACGUACAUUUUCUUCUACCGAGCUUGUAAAGCACAAGGUAUCGAUCGCCCAACACCUCCCUACUGUGGCUGGUUCCAGCCCUAUAGCGCCUAUAUCUCGGCCACGUUCUUGACAUGCGAUGUCUGCUGCUACGGAUACAGCACAUUCCUGCCUGGCAACUUUACCAUCAGUGGCUUCUUCACUUGUUAUACCAUGGUCCUUGUUGCACCUAUCACCUUUUUAGGUUAG